ACACCAAUUCACACCCUCUAUCCCAUUUGAUUCUUGCUUCUUCAUUCACUCCCCUCUCCUUCAAUGGCCUCCGUCGCGGAAAUUCGAGAGGCUCAACGAGCCAACGGCCCCGCCACCGUCCUCGCCAUCGGCACCGCCACGCCCCCCAACAGUGUCCUCCAAUCGGAUUAUCCCGACUACUACUUUCGUAUCACGAAGUCUGAGCAUAUGACUGUCCUGAAGGAAAAAUUUGUUCGAAUGUGUGAGAAGUCUAUGAUCAGGAAGCGUCACAUGUACCUAACGGAGGAGAUUCUUAAAGAGAAUUCAAAUAUGUGUGCGUAUAUGGAACCUUCUUUGGAUGCACGUCAAGAUAUGGUAGUCGUGGAAGUGCCAAAGCUCGGGAAAGACGCAGCUGCGAAGGCAAUCAAAGAGUGGGGCCAACCCAAAUCCAAGAUCACGCAUCUUGUCUUCUGCACCACAUCUGGCGUGGACAUGCCAGGCGCUGACUACCAGCUUAUGAAGCUCCUCGGCCUACGCCCGUCGGUGAAGCGCUACAUGAUGUACCAGCAAGGCUGCUAUGCUGGUGGCACGGUGCUUCGGCUAGCCAAGGACUUAGCCGAGAACAACAAAGGGGCUAGGGUGUUGGUUGUGUGCUCGGAGAUCACUGCCAUCACGUUCCGUGGGCCGUCGGAGACUCACUUGGACUCGAUGGUGGGGCAGGCGUUGUUUGGGGAUGGUGCAUCGGCGAUGAUCAUUGGGUCGGACCCGGAUCUUGCGGUGGAGAAGCCGUUGUACGAGAUGGUAUGGACUGGAGCCACGGUGUUGCCUGACUCGGAGGGGGCGAUCGAUGGGCACUUGAGGGAAGUUGGGCUCACGUUCCAUUUGCUUAAAGACGUGCCUGGCCUUAUCUCUACCAACAUCGAGAAGAGCCUCAAAGAGGCCUUCACGCCGCUUGGAAUCUCCGAUUGGAACUCCAUUUUUUGGAUCGCCCAUCCCGGUGGCCCCGCCAUUCUCGAUCAGGUGGAAGUGAAAUUAGGUUUGAAGGAGGAGAAGAUGAAGGCAACUCGAGAGAUUCUAAGGGAGUACGGGAACAUGUCGAGUGCGUGCGUGGGUUUUAUAAUGGAUCAAAUGAGGAAGAACUCUCUGGAAGAAGGCGCUCCAACGACUGGAGAAGGGCUCGAAUGGGGAGUUUUGUUUGGGUUUGGCCCGGGACUUACAGUAGAGACAGUAGUGCUACAUAGCGUUGCAUUAAAGUAAACCGCUACAAAUGGAUGGGCAUGUAGGAAGAUGUUAUGGCUCUAAUGUUAUGCUUGUUAGUUUGUAAUCAACAAAAAAAAAUAAGGGUUUGUGGUGGGUUACAAUUUAUUAAUGAAUUAUAGACUGAAUUUGAAAUGC